CUUCUUCUCGCUGGUCAACGUCACCCUGAGACAUGUAUCCGGAAUAUCAAUCCUGCUACCAAAUACGUUGAUCCUGUCAGACGCCUCGGAAUUAAGAUAUCUGGAACUCUCAAAGCCAACCAGGGAGAAAAUUGGGUCUGGGUGUAUAUGGAGGGCGGUCCAACGAAAGGAGCUUGCCGAGUUAACCGUCCUGUCGACUGGCUUGACGAUCUGGAGCCCGAUGACUACGGCCCCGCCGAUGGUACCCGCGGAAUUCAAAAAUCGGUCGCAUCAAUCCUCUAUAUACCCGUCAUCCUCUCGAUGUCGGUGGAGACUGGGGAAAUCCCGAGUAAGCUACUCUUCAUUCAUUCUACUUACUAAUCUGAUUACAUGCAACCCUCUUAAGGCGUUCAUGUUGAUUCCGAUUCAAUUCCAUAGUUUAGAGCCCUAUAUAGAGGGUUCUGAACAUGGUUUUGUAGCUGUCUGCAGCUACUGGUACAGCGGUUACACCAAACCCUUGCCAGCCUGUAAUGGAUUUCUCCCUCUGUGCUCAGACGAGUGGCGCUUAAUUGCGUAUCACUGUGUAAGAGGGUUAGAUAAGAGAGAAGAAAAGGGUUUACGUGCUACUAUCAGAGUUUCGUGGACGUAAGUAAGGUGCAUUCAUGUCGUCUAAUUGAUAUAAUCUGUACUAGCAGCCGCGGAGUCUGAUAAACAGGGUGGUAGGUAGCUCCUGUGGAGCAGAUUAUGAAACGUAGAUAUGUCGGCAUAGUAACCUCCAUACAGCGCCGGGGUCAAAUGGCGAACAGCCCUGUCUGGGUGCAUUUGUCACGCUAUGACAUUUUGCUCUCAGCUCGUCUUUUGUGGUGUCAUUUCAGCGUUGGAAAGACAGGAUCCGGAGACUGACUUGCAGGUGUGUUGUGUCUAAGCGGCUAAUACAGAUGGGCAAUUGGGCCAUCCUUGGUUGCGGUUCCCCUAUCACAUUCUGCGAUUUUGCGAUGCUGACAAAGUCGCGUAUGGACAGGUGUUGUCGUUGACGAGUUGAUUGACGACACUAACUCAACGAUCGACCGCAUGCCUAUAGGCAUCAGGAUGACUCUCGGAUACUCGUGAGAUGGUGGGAGGCUUCUGGUAUCUCGAGAUCUUGUCGGUAUAACAUCAGCAACAAUGGCGCACGCGUCCUGACACAAUAAUCUACCAUAAAAUUCCCCGAUUGAAGAUCAGGAUGGGCCACAAGAACCAUUGGCUGCGCAUAAUUUGGCACCCUGCAGCUGAACUCCGUGUCAUUUACGUGGGGUCUGGCUCGGCAACUACACGCUGUUUUGGCCCCUAUUUCGCGUACGCUGGUGCCAAAGGGCCCACG